AUGGAGCCCCCGAACAAGCGUCAGAAGAAGGUGCUCUUUGCGGAGAGUGGCUCAGAAGAUGAAGCUGUUGGGGAGGACUUCAAGCUCAAUGUCAACAGGGAAUAUGCCAGACGAUUCGAAUAUAAUAAGAAGAGAGAGGAGAUGGUACAGCUCGAAAACAAGCUGGGAAAACGACCGCUCUCUAAAGGCAAGCCAUCCGCGGAUGAGGAGGAAGACGAGGAAGAAUCUGACUCUGAGGACUCCGAGGAAGAGGAUGAUGCUGCGGAACUUGUGACAGAGGCUCUAGAUGAGGAGAUCGCGGCUACAUUGCAAGCUAUAAGAGCUAAAGACCCGAGGGUCUAUGACCCGAAUGCGAAGUUUUAUACCACCCUGGACAACGCGGAAAAGGCAGACGGGGCCAAGUUGGAGACAGCCAAGGCAGAGAAACCUAUGUACCUGAAAGACUACCAUCGUCAGAACCUACUCAGUGGUCAGGCCGCCGUGGACGACGAUGAAGCGGAUGCGCCAAAGACGUACGCUCAGGAGCAGGAGGACCUGAAACAGUCGAUUGUCAAGGAGAUGCACUCUACAGUUGGGAAAGGGGAACAGGAUGAUGACGAAGAGGAUGAUGGAUUCCUGGUUCGCAAGGAGAAAGUAGCGUUGUCUAAGUCAGACCGGCCUACAAUAACAGAGAAAGAUGUUGCCGAGGCGGACCAAGACCCUGAAUUGUUCCUAUCAAAUUUCAUGGCGUCCCGUGCCUGGGUGCCCACUCCGAAAUCCAACUUUCAGCCUCUGGAAUCCGACGAUGACGAGGAAGAUAACAGAGCCGAACAGUUUGAAGAAGCGUAUAACCUACGAUUUGAGGACCCUAACAAGCUCAAUGAAGUUAUACGCACACAUGCUCGUGACACUACGAAUAAGUAUUCUGUCCGAAGGGAAGAGAUCAGCGGCCGCAAGCGGCAACGAGAGCUGGAACGACAGAGGAAAGAGGAAGAGAAGAAACAGCGUGAAGAAGAGCGAGCGAGAUUACGAAAACUGAAGAUUGAGGAGUAUGAAGAGAAGCUUGCAAAGAUAAAGAAGGCAGCCGGCGUGAAGAGCAGCGACUUUGCAGAUGAAGACUGGAGCAAGUUCCUUGACGAAGGAUGGGAUGAUGAGAAGUGGGAGAAGGAAAUGAAGCAGCGGUUUGGAGACGAGUAUUAUGCCGCGAAUGAGGAAGAGGAUGAAAGUGGUGACGACGGGGGUGGCUCCUCAAAGAAGCGAAGGCUGAAGAAGCCCAAAUGGGAUGAUGAAAUUGGCAUUGGCGACCUAGUGCCUGACUUCGAUGAGGAUCUAGACGUGGAUAUUGAUAUAGACGAAGAAAACGAAGACGAUGAAGCAGAAGGUGACGACCACAGCGGAGGGAAGAGGUCCAAGAAGCAGAUGCUGAAGGACAAGAAAGAGAAACAAAAAGAAGCCAAGCGAGAACGACGAAAGAUCGAGGCCCUGGCUGACAAGUCCCUCGAGCUCGAACCGUCUCUCUUACCAGGCUCCUCGAGGAAGUUUGGAGGUACCUUCCGCUACCGCGAGUCGUCUCCCGUUUCAUUUGGCCUGACUGCCCGCGACAUCCUGAUGGCCGACGACUCUCAGCUUAAUCAGUACGCCGGCCUGAAGAAACUGGCCAGCUUCCGGGACGCAGAGAAGAAGAAACGAGACCACAAACGGCUGGGCAAGAAGGCUAGACUACGAGAAUGGCGCAAAGAGACGUUUGGUACCGAAGAGCCGCCUGAGUUGACUGCUGAGACUGUCCCUACAAACAACAGUGGAGACGCCGACGGAGAGACCAAGGUAGACAUCCGAAAGGGCAGCAGCAAGCGCCGCAAACGGUCAAGGAAGCACUGA